AUGUUCCCCAACACCAACCCCACCAACCAGCCUACGAAUGCAGCGUAUCCAGGUGCCCAGCCAAGCACAGGCAUGCCUCCUCCUACAUCAGGCAUGCCUCCUCCUACCGGCAUGCCUCCUCCUACCGGCAUGCCUACUCCUACCGGCAUGCCUACUCCUACCGGCAUGCCUACUCCUACCGGCAUGCCUCCUCCUACAUCAGGCAUGCCUCCUCCUACAUCAGGCAUGCCUCCUCCUACCACAGGCAUGCCACCCAACCAGCAGAUGUAUCAGCAGCCGAAUCAAGCCGCACCGAUGAUGCCUGCUCCUGUUGCUCCUGCUCCACAGCAGCAGCAGCAGCACAAUAUGCAUCAGCUCAAUGCCUCAAUGCAGAACGUGUCCUUGAAUGCUCCGCAGACCUCUGCUCCUCCUCCAUCGGGAGGAUACCAGACACCUCCUGUUGGUUUUCCUCCUCCCACGAAUAACUCAGCUCCUCCGACGCAGCAACCGUUUCCUCCUGCACAGGGCAUGCCUCCUGGGCAAAUGAACCAGGGCGGUGCCGCUCCCUCGUCCUUUCCUCCUCCUCCUACAGGCAGCAGGCCAGGUCUCCCCAUCCCUCAAGCUCCUGGACGUGAGCCCUUCUCGGACCCUCAAGCAGCUGCUGACUUUCUCACUACAGCCAACACCUCGGCUCCACCACCACCACAUGUCAUGGGAGCUCCUCCAGCGCAGUUGGGCCAGCAGGUUCAGAGCCACCAGUACCCGCAGCAGACGCCUCCAACCUCAUUCCCCAACGCUCAGCAUGGGGGCGGCAGCCAGUCUCAGAACCCCAACGGUGUUCUUCCUCCUCCUCAGACAGCAGGGGGGACCUUCGCUCCUCCUCCUAAGGAUGGCGUAGCGCCUACCGGGAAGGCGGGACAGGUCCAAGGACCUCCCCUCAUCGCAAGUCAGGGGGUCGGAAGCGGAGGUGCUGGGCAUACGACUGCCCCCCCUUCUAAG